AAUUUCUGUGAACAGAUCCAAUCACAUGUUCAUUUGACCAAAACCUGUGUUCCCCCCUGUUGAUUUAUUUUCCCAGAAUCUGACUUAAUAAAUCAUUGUAAAUUUUGACCUCUGAGGCCGUAAAUAAAGACUUUGUCACGUCUCCUCAGUUUAAAGGCUGACCAAUUGGGAAUAUUUUUUUCUACUUGCUUGAUGCUCAGAAUGAAGUUGGCAAGGUUUUUAAAAGCAGUCUAGUAAGUCUAAAUAAAAUACGCAAUACCUAAAUUUUACAGAACAAACAAAAAAGAAACUAUACAAAUAAUUAGACUAGUUCCCUGCUAGUAUGUGUCAGAACCAGAAGGUAUGGACCAAAGUAUUUCUUGUACCUUCUCUAUUAUUCUUUCAGGUAUCAGUUGGUUCUUUCUGUAUCCUGAUAGCAGUCUCCAUUAAAGUUCACAUACACUAUUAGCCUGAUGCAGUUUGAUUUGAAUUAAACUCCUCCUGAUGGUCAGCCAGCACCUUGCAUGGUUGCUGGUUGCACAUUGCCAUUACAGGCAAACUGCAAAGAGUUUUGGAUGAAAACACUAUAUAAAUGUCCCUUUUUUGCUGUUUUACUGUGUGUCUGUGAAACUGGGGAGUGUGGGACAACAAGUAAGGGAGGAGAGAUUCUGCCUUUAUGCCAUAAGGUCCAGAACGAAAGACUCUUAGUUUUCCACAACAUACAGACACUGCUGAGAUUUACCUCUACUGAAGCAGAUUCUGCAGCAGUCCAUUACUUGAUGCAAACAAUGAGGGUCAUUUUUCUUCUCUGUGUUGCCUUCGCUUUGAGCGUUGCAUCAGCAGAUCCAGUGAAGGAGAUAGAAUCAGAGCCAGUAGAGAAGCCCGAGCCCGAGCCCAUUCAGCAAUACCAGACUAAAGAGAAAAGGGGAGGGGAACUGCUACGUAAGAUAGCAGGAAGGAUGACUGAAUGGCAGGUGUACCCAACCUCCCUGUCUCCAGACUAUAACAACUGGGACUACGACUGUCCUUACAACUGGCAAAGAUAUGGAUCGCGAUGUUUCAUCUUCAUCAACAGCCCAAUGGCCUGGAUAGAUGCAGAGAAACAAUGUUGGCACUAUGGUGCCAACCUGGCAUCCAUCCAUGACCUAGAGGAGUACAGUUUCAUCCAGGACUUACUGAUGAACAACGGCUAUUAUGACAAAGCCUGGAUUGGUGGCACUGAUGCUGUUAGGAAGUUGGAGUGGUUAUGGAGCGAUGGUUCAGCAUUUGAUGUUGAGAACUGGUCCCAAAACGAGCUAAGCAACUUGAACAGAUGGAAAAAAUGCCUGACAAUUGAAAUGAAUAAUUGGUAUUGUGAAAAGAGGCUCCCCUUCGUCUGUGGAACAAGACCACAAAGAUUGUAUUAAAUGCACCAUAUUGCUCCUGUUCAGGAAAAAACAUCAUCCUCUAUUCCAUACCUUAAGUAUUUGCAGUCUUUUACAGACUAUAAAUACCCUUAUUUUAAAUCACAUGAAACCCUUUCAGUUCCAAGUAUAAAAUAUUACAAUGCUGGAAUCAUUAUUUAGAAAAUAAAAGUGGUUUCUCUUAAGUCUCAAGAGUCUGGUUUGGUGUUUUUUUUAUCAAGUCUAGUCAGAUCAACUGUAGUCAUACAGCGGGUGUUUUUUGGAGGCUUGCCUAUGAGAAUAAAUAUUUAUUUAUAUAUAUUUAUAUAUUAUUAAAUAAAAAGUCUAUCCCUUAUAUACAUAUAUAAACUGGCAAUGGUCUAUCUAUGCUAACAACUACCGCAUUUAAGUUUUACACAAUAUUAAUGUAAAUGUACAUAGCUGCUUUCCUUUUUAAUCAACUUUAUUAUGGUUUACACACGUAAUAGAUUACAUAGACAAGGAAAUUGCUUCAAUAAAAUCUUUGUAAAGUGCAAAACAUUUAUAAAGUUCAAAAGCAUAGCUGCUUUCCACUACUGCCAUAAGACUGUAUAACUCA